AUGAGCGCGGUGUGUGCGCUGGACGCAGGCGGGCGGUUAUCGCUGCAGCAGAUCCUGCAGGCGUUCAAUUCCAACGUCAGCGAGGAACAUGCAUGGGCACUGUGCCAUCAGGCGGCGCGCUGCUUCCAGCGGUGUUUGUCCUCCGGCACCUCGCCACCGCCCGUCUGCUUUCUGCCAACGCGACCCUCGCAUCUGCUGCUACAUGCCGAUGGCUCCGUACACCCCGACACGCUGCUCGACCCCACAGGUAGGCAAAGAAUGCUCGAUGUCCUCUGGUUGAACGAUCUUUCACUUACGAACAUAGUAAUUAAGUAA